GCACGAACAGAGGCCGCCAACUCCAGCAUGUGGAAAAACUGCACGCGCGUCGCGCACAGAUCUAUACGUACUACGGUACGACCCAGGCAGCAACUUGAAGAGUCGUGCAAGGUCCAACCGUGACUACAGAAGUAGUGAAUUGUUGCGCGGACCCGAGCUGCUCGUCUCCGAAGCCAUAUCAAGUAUUGGAACCGCCUCACUGUCAUAAAAUAGUUCCGACGCAUUAGAAUCACCCAUAUAUUGUGUCAGUCGCAGCCGACGAACGAUUCGGAUUACCCCAUCAAUUGUUCGCUUUCAAAGUGUUUACAGGACAUAAAAGCAUGCUGUCUUUCUCCCCAUCUCAGACUUACUACCCAAGAGGAAUAUCUAAUAUCGCCUGCAAAUAAUGCGUUUAUCCUUGAUCGCCAUCAUAGUUGCUUGGACAGCAUCCAUAACUGUCAGUGCGAUACCAGCUGUUUUCAGCACGACAUGCAAGGCCAUUAACCAGACUUGCGAUGAUGACCCUGACUGCUGCUCUAACUCGUGCAUGUAUACAACUGAUUGCACUAACAAAUAUUGCGCUGUUGAUCAAUCGGAAGGCCCAGAAGGUCCAGAAACAGAAAGCCCAGGAAAAAAGAGGCAGCUCGAGGCUAGUUGCAGCUGAGAUUGGUCAAUGUACUGGGACAGUUUCACUGGCUCUUGAGAUACCCCUCCACAGAAGAACGAAAUCGAUACACACAUCCAUUUUACACGCACAACUUAGCACUUCUGGAGACACUUCAUCCACGUUCCCUUCUGUACGAUAUCAUUUUCCUCUCAGUUUUUCCAACUAAGACUGAGCAUAAUACUUGCCACGUUGUACGGCACAAUGAACUUCGAAGUUACUUAUAAGAAAUACGAACGUUCUUGUUCAACCA